GGGUUUGUUGGCUGCCCGGGCGGUGUGAUGGAGCAGCAGCGGGAGCGCGGUUGCGGAGAAAACGCUGUGAAUUACUUCCUUCACCGGGGAAGAAUCCGUUCAAAAGAUGCUGUGGAAAUCAAGUGGUACCAUGGAGCCAACAGGAAAGCACAAAUGCAAGAAGCGCUGCAAAGUGAUGCUCAUAUGAUUGAAGCAGAUGUUAUCUUCGGAAGCCAAGGGUCACACGAUGGGGAACCAAUCAUGGCUCAUCCCCCAGACACUGACAGCGACAACACUGUGCAUGAAUGGUUGAAUGAGGUUCUGCAAUCUGACAAGGGCAUUAAACUUGAUUUUAAGAGCUUAGCAGCCGUGGAACCUUCUAUGAAAAUACUAAAAGGUAUGAAGGAUUGCCUUGGUCGACCCAUUUGGAUUAAUGCUGACAUUCUUCCGGGACCAAACGGAAGCUGCAAAGCAAUAGACGUGAGUGGAUUUUUAGGUGCAGUAACUUCCCGUUUACCAGAUGUGACAUUGUCUCUGGGAUGGACGACUGGCUGGCUGGCUGGCCAAACAAACAAUGGGUACACCUGGGAGAUGGUGCAGGAGAUGGAACAAAUCUGCCGGACACUAAGUCAGCCAGUAACAUUCCCUGUCAGAGCGGCACUGGUACGACCCUCUUGGCCACAGCUUCUUUGGCUGCUGCAGCAGUCGGAAAGGUACAGCCUGACUGUGUGGACAGGAAGAAAUGAUGUGUAUGCAUUGGAAGAUAUGCUCUACAUCAGGGAGAAUUUUAACAAGUCAAAGAUUUAUUGUGAUCUCUCUGAGCCUCAAAGCAGUAAACUAAGGAAUGAAGUAUAUACGAAGAACACAGUCAAGUGAUUAUGUCUCCCUACUGUGCUGCUAUGCAAACCAGAGAUCCAAGAUUGAAAUAAUUCUCAGCUAAUAUUCUUCUUCCUUUAGCAUUCUCCAAUACUAAUGGGUUUGUAUUCCACUGACAGACUCAACCACACAGACAUUCAAAAAGGUGAUUGUCCCUUUGGGAAGCUUUAAGCACAUCAAUUACGUGACUUGUGCUCAUUCCAAGUUCAGUUGAUCUACAGAAUAGAAGAUUGUCACCAUAUUACCAAUUCUGGUCUAUUAAAAUGGGUAAAACUUGUUUUGCUUUACCUUUUAGGUAAAAAAAUUCACCAGAAAAGUCAGUUAAGCAUCUGCUUUUUACGUCUAUGUUUUAAGUUUUCCUAUUGAGAUCUUUGGUUUUCACAUUAUUAAAAUGGGAAGGUAACCUCUUUAA